AUGGCCUCGAUGAGUUCUGCAUGGCGGUCCGUGCGCCUAACCCAUUUCGGUCUAGAUGAAAUGAAUCUUAUUGGAGCAAUGGCUCAACAAAAUUCCAUGUAUGGAGCUCUAUCUUUUCUCAUCCCUUGCAGCAAGGUCCUCCUGUCCCUGACUACCACCACUGCCUCCACCCAAGCACAACCUUGGAGAUAUCCCUUCUCGUAA